UAUACCAACACCCUCCAUUUAGCUUCUUAUAUACUUUCCUCCUUCAUCACAUAUAUCACCAUGUCGAUGGAUCGCCACCGCAUGCCGUGGCAGAUGAAGCCCAAUGACGCACAGAUCAUCGACGAGGCUGAAUCGUCAAGCACUGGAGAUUCGUCGUUUCCUCGCACGUUCGAUGAUUCCUCCCUCCUCGAGAGCGGCCUUCAUGGAAGGAAAUGCAUCAACAAUAAGGGUGGUGGAUAUGACAAUUUCAAGUAUCGACCAAAGGCCGGAAAAUCCGUCGAUCCGCAGUUGCUAGUUGUGUUGGAGUUUUUCAGAGAACUAUACGUUCGGAGGAGGGACUUGUUCAAGAAGCUGUUUCCAAAGCUUCACGACGAGUUCGCCGAGUUCUCGGAGAGGCUCGAGGAUUUUUUGUUUCGAGAGGAGAAGGAAAGACCGGGAGAUAGAUUGAGGCGGAGUCUGAGCGUCGGAUCGCCGAGAACAACUUCCAGAGAUAUUGGAGGCGGUGAUUUGCCCUUGAAGCUUGAGAGGUUCAAAGUGAGGACGGUGGAUUUAGAUGACGAUGAUCCACCUCCAGCUGGCGGCGGCGGUCAAGGUGGUGGGCAAGGAGGAAAGGGUGGGACAAAGCCUUCUGGUGGAUCCAAAUCCAAGUGAUUUUUUCAUUUUUUGUUGAAUUGAUGAAGAAGAUUUUAUUUGGACAUGUAUUGUUGGGUUGCAAGAAAUUUUUUCAGACAAAAAGAUGUUUUUGGCAUCUCGGUUGAAUAUUCACUGU